GCCCGGAAGUAGAAGCAUUGGAGAGUUUUUCGGGAUGGGUCGGGGUCGGCGGCGGCCGAGGCGCUCGGCCCGGGAGAGACCCCUGGAGACGUUCGUGGAGGAUCUGGACGUUUCCUUGGAGGGCGGCGGCGGCGGCGGCGGCGGCGAAGAGGCGGCAGCCGAGGCCGAAACACGCCGACGCUGGUGCCCGCUGGCCAUGUGGGAGCUGGGCCACUGCGACCGGCGACGCUGCACGGGGCGGCGGCUGGCGCGGAAGGGGCUGGUGCGCACGCUCCGCCUGGGGCAGCGCUUCGGGGGCCUCGUCCUCAGCCCCGCUGCCGUGCGCUUUCUCUCCCCCGCUGACAGGGAGGUUGUAGCCCAGAAUGGAGUUGCAGUGAUCGAUUGCUCUUGGGCAAAGUUGGACAAGACACCAUUUAGCAAGAUGAAGGGAAGUCAUCUCCGUCUGCUGCCCUACUUGAUAGCUGCCAAUCCGGUGAAUUAUGGACGGCCAUGCAAACUUUCUUGUGUGGAAGCUUUUGCUGCUACCUUCUGCAUUGUAGGAUUCUCUGAUCUUGCCACAAUUCUUUUGCAAAAUUUUAAAUGGGGAAAGGUGUUUCUUGAUCUGAACAGAGAUCUCCUGGAGAAAUAUGCAGCAUGUACCUGUGAAGAGGAAGUGUUAAAGGUUGAGAAUGAAUUUCUGGACCAGGUCCAAGAAAAAGAUGAAACAGACCCUUUUGAUGUUGAUUCAGGAAAGGAAUUUUCUAUACUCAACAGGCCUUGCAGAGCCGCAGAAGCAGGAGCUGCAGAUGAGAGUCCCUCUGAAGAGACAACCGGGAGCAGCAGCAGCAGCAAUGAGGACCUGAACACAUACACUGCUGGAGCCAGUAAGUCAGCUGUACGGAGGCAAGAAAGCAUUCCAGAAGGAAAGAAGUAACUGAAUUUAGUAACAGGAUUUUGCUCAGAGUUAGGCUAGAACUUCAGUGUUCUUCCAGUCUGAAACAUUUCAGUCAGCCAGCUGGCAUUGUCCAUCAACUGAGCUGCUUGAUGAACUUCACUAAUACUCUGCUUAUCAAAUAGAUUUUACUAAUGUCAGUUGAUGUCAAGGUCAAUUCCUGUCACAACCAAUGGGUCAACAUUCGGUUGAUCCGAAAGGCGGACACUGUACCUGCGGGAAAAAGCUGGCAAGGGGGGAAAAAUAGGCAUAUCCUUGUCUUUUUUUUUCCCUUAGCAUCUCAACUAAUUAUUACUCCGAGAAUUGUUCUGAGGUGAUGGAAGAAAAACUAGAAGCAUCUUCCUCAUAUCUGGCGUUGUUACUUUCAGUUGUUGGCUAUUUCAAUUCUUAAUGUUGUAGAUGGAUAGUUGAUAAUAAAUGCUCUAAACAAGAAA